GACUGAGAAACACACGCUGAGUGGCAGCUCUUCCCUGAACACCAGUACUUAAGAACUCUUACAUUACACAUUAAUCUAAUCCUAGCAAUUUCCCUGGGCUUUCAACAAGAGUGAAGAGACAGGAGGCUAAAGAAUAAAAGUAAGAAGUUCACUGUUAUUAGGAUCAUAACAAGACGAGAAAUUAAAUCAAUUUUAAACUUUGAUCUCCAGCUUCUUCUGCUUGAAAGUCAAGUUCUGACAAAUAUUAGUAUUACGUAAUACUCCACAACUUCGGUCUCUUCCGCGUGAGGGAAAUGGAAUGGACCCGUCUGAAACAUGAGAACAGCAAAGCUUUUGUAUUUCUCUGUUACUAAUCUGAUUUCAUCUCAUUUUGUUCACCUAAAAGGACAGCAGGGGGCCUUGCCAGUGUUUAUUGAGACAGGAUUGGGAUCUAAUUCGAUGUUGUGUAACCCUUAAAAGAAAUAAUCCUAUUAAUACAGAAUACUUCAUCAGAAUGACUAAGCUAGACAUCCACCAGCACAGUUUGCUUACAGAUUGGUUUGUUUGGAAGGAUAAUUUACUUUGACUAAAUUGUUUUUUCCUUUCCAAGUGAUGAACGUCUGAAAUGAAGAUCUUCUGUAGAUAAUAAUCAUAAGGGAUUAUCUUUAGCUCUUUAUCUGGUGUUGAGAAGGACAACUAACUGCCAUGUGGUAAAUACACGUGUGGUCCUACGUAAAUAUUUCAGACUAAUUUGAUGGAAAGGCCCAGUGGGAAUAUAACCAACCCCUUGUAUGUCUAGGAGAAGAUGUUCCUCUGGUCAUCAGUGUUUUCCAAGGAACCCCAGGUUCCUGGUCAGCGCUCGCCUGAGGAGCUGGUAACUAACAUGUUGAUGUUGGAGCUGGGCUCUUUGGUGAAGCGCACUGAGCGCCUCCGCCAGGAGAGGACGACGGAGAACCGCAGGCGCAGCUCCAGUGUGGAUUACAGCUGGCUGGCUGCACCUCCACAGAAGUCCUCCUAUGAGAUUCCAGCUGGGGAGAUACUGGAGCUUCAGGACCUGUGUGCCAAGGUCUCUCCCUCACAGUGCGGUCCCCUCGUUCUCAGGCUGAGGAAAGAGGUGGUAGAGGUAGAGCCAGAGGUGAGCGAGGUGUCUCGUCUGUUCCGUUCUGUCCUGUGUAACUUCCUGGACGAGGCCGAGGAGGGUGAGGCCACACUUCAGAGAGCACUGAAGACUCGGACCAACCGCAGCAAGAGCAUGUCUGUCAUCAACCUGGGCUCACGGAUCCGCAUCAGACCGCUGUGGAGCAGAGUCACAGUCAGGCGUGACGCUGAGGAGGACGACGAGGAUGAAGACAAUAUCCACAGAAACAGGAGGAUCCGAAGCAUGCCGGAUAUCAGUGUAGUGGAAGAAAGAGCGCUGACCUGAACAAGCUAUGUUUGGAGUAGGAAACUCCAGGUACAAAGCUGGCAUCCUAAGCUACCCUUAAAUGGUACAUAUUAGUACUUUUUGAAAGGAUACUGCCCCAGUGACAGUUUAUAGCUUUUUACUAAGUGUGCAAAGGUUCUACUGAUAUUAAUGGUUCUUCAUGGGAACCAUAGAUGCUAAUAAAGAUCUCGCUGAUUCAUCAUCA